AUGGAACAAAACAACUCAUCUCCUUACCCUGCUACUCCUAUCGCUACAUCUCGCUCCCAAACUGAUACUAAUAAUGCACCACCAAAUAUCGCUGGCCCACACCAACCUCCCUAUACUAAUAAUGAUGAUGAUUCUUCGGAUUCAGCAAAAACUAUUGCUAGUGUUCAUAGUACCUUUUCAAGAAUGUCUGGUAGACAUCGAACAUCCCAAC